AUGGAUGUUGGGAACAUGAAGGAGCGGAUCGAAGAGACCAUUAAAACGGCGAAGUCGAAAUGGAAUGAGGCAUUAGAGAUCUUAGGGUUAAGUUCAUUGCUAGACUUAUUGAAACGUGGGGAUGUUGAUAUUGAGUUGAAUGGGUGUCGAUUUGAAGGACCGUUUCCGAAUAAUGGCGGGACUUUUGUUGCUGAAAUAGAUGACAUUUCAAUGAGCAACCAGCCGAAGUGGAAUGACUUAGAUGUUGAAGUUAGUGUUUCCAAACGGAUGAAACACAUGAUCUAUGUGAAAGAUAUCAUCAAUCCAAAUACAAUAAAAUUAGAAAUGAAGGUUGGUGGGAUGUCUGUGAUAAUGGAGAAGGAUGGGAAGGAAGAGUACUUGUAUCCCCCAAGUAGUGGAGUCCUUCAGUUCUUAAUGAAAUUUGAUGAACGAGAGAAUGUGCCAUCUGUGUUACUCUUUCGACUGAAAUUCCCACAAUUGAAGUUUGAGAUGACGCACAGUCGCUUUAGAAAUGUGUACGGGUACUUCCGAGAAAUUAUUGAAUAUGUGAAGACAAAGAUUGGAGGAGAAGUAGUUCAAUUUGGGUCAAAGGUGAAAGAGAAAGCAAAGGAGAAGGCGGACGAUAUUGCGGAGUCGGCAAUGGCAUUCAUCGACACGUCAGUCAUCCCAACGUUCCGGUCGGAGGACUUACCCACAUUUAUUGUCCAAAUAAUAUUGGAUGAUGGUGUAGUGACCGUCCCCGUCACGUCGAUCCUCCAACGAGUUGAAAAAGGCGGAGAUGACAAACUCUUUUCACGGAUGGUAGUCCAUGACUUCCAACUGUGUUUUGCGCUGGAUAAGCAAUAUCGAAGUGUUGGCAUGUUUCUUGGGAGUGUCAUCACUGACCGACUUGAGCCGGUGUUGGCCCCAUUUAACGGGAUAUCACCGAAGAUCCAAAAUGAGAAGGUUGAGGUCAAAGACAAGCCGGCUGUGUCGUUUGUGUGGCAAUACGACAAGACGAAACCGAAGACGGAACGUGUCAUGUCGAUCAAUUUAACACUCUUUAAUGUGCAAGUGAAGUUGACUGAUCUGUUUGGAUUGGACGUGAAGAAUCCGAACUCGCCACGCUACAGUCCAGGGUUAUUAAGUCCAGGGUUAGGCGAGAAGGGAGAUACAAAAGUGGACAAAGAGAAAGACGAGACCGUUGAGAAAACGGUGAAAUUGAUUAAGACGGUCUCUGAGAGAAAGAAAGAGGAGAAGAGCGAUAAGACUAAAAAGUUGUUGAGUUGGGUAGAAACGAAGUAUAAAGGGAUGGAAGUCAUGGUGAACGUCUCAGAGUGCGAUUUGGUUGCGGAAGACCAUUUACAUAAAAUCACGAUGUCGACGACGUCGAUCUUUGCGAAGCAAGCGGAAGACACGGUAGACACACUGAUCGACCAACUGAAUAAAUCGAAAGUGGCGAAUGAAGACUUGAAGAACAAAAAUAAGGCACUGGAAGAAGAACUUGCUGCGACGAAAGCGGCAUUGGAAGCGUCUCAGAUGAGAAAAAGAGGGUUCAGCUUUGGAAGGAAGAACUAA